AUGUCGAGAACCCUUCUCAGCCGCAUCAAACCCCGCCCCAAAAACCCCACUUCUUCUUCCCCUUACGCCCGUUUCAAACCCCAAACAAAAAGACUCGUCAACGAAAUCUGCCAAAUACUCGCAACCCGAAACAACACCCAAUGGCAAGACACCCUCGAAACCCUCCUCUCUGAACUAGAAACCGCCCCGUCUGACAUCACCCACUUCGUUCUGGACCGGAUUCGAGACCCUGAGCUGGGUUUGAAGUUCUUUGACUGGGUCAGCAACAGACCGUACGGUUGUUCCCUUGAUGGGUUUGCUUAUUCCUCUCUCUUGAAGCUCUUGGCCAGGUCCAGAGUGUUUCCAGAGAUUGAGAGGCUAAUGGGGGUUAUGAGGGUUGAGGACAAGGUACCAAGCAGAGAAGCUUUGGAUGAUGUGAUUCGAGCGUAUUCGGAUUCCGGGUUGGCGGGUAAAGCCGUUGAGUUUUAUAGAGUUUUUGUUAGUAUGUAUGGUUAUGUUCCUAGUGUGAUUGGUUUUAAUUCUUUGCUUGAUGUGAUUGUGAAACGUGGGCGGAUUGAUGUUGCGCGGCAGGUGUAUGAUGAAAUGAUAGGAAGGGAGGAUGGGUGUGUAGAUAAUUAUAGUACUUGUAUAAUGGUGAGAGGUUUGUGCAAGGAAGGGAAGGUCGAGGAAGGUAAGAAAUUGAUUGAUGAUAGGUGGGGAAAGGGAUGUGUACCCAACAUUGUGUUUUAUAAUACUCUAAUUGAUGGGUAUUGCAAGAAAGAGGAUGUUGAAGGGGCUUAUGCCCUUUUCAAGGAGUUGAAAUCGAAGGGCUUUUUGCCUGCGGUGGAGACGUAUGGCGCAAUGAUCAAUGGGUUUUGCAAGGGAGGGAGUUUCGAGGCAGUUGAACGGCUUUUGGUGGAAAUGAACGCAAGGGGAUUAAAUGUUAAUGUUCAUGUCUAUAAUAAUGUUAUUGAUGCACGGUUUAGGCAUGGUUGUGCGGUGAAGGCAGAGGAAACUGUAAGAAAGAUGAUUGAUAGUGGUUGUGAGCCUGACAUUGUGACGUUUAAUACUUUGAUUAAUGGUUCGUGUAGGAAUGGGAAGGUUCAAGAAGCUGAACAACUUCUAGAGCAGGCAACAAGGAAGGGAUUGAUGCCGACUAAAUUAACUUAUACUCCUAUCGUACAGGUUUAUUGCAGACAAGGAGAAUUUGUCAGGGCUUCAGAACUGUUAAUCAAGAUGACAGAAAGAGGAGAAAACCCUGAUGUCAUCACUUAUGGAGCUCUUGUUCAUGGACUUGUUACUGCAGGUGAAAUUGAUGUUGCUUUGGCAAUCCGAGAUAAAAUGGUGGAAAGAGGAGUGUUACCAGAUGCUUGUAUUUACAAUAUUUUGAUGAAUGGACUCUGUAAGAAAGGGAGGCUUCCUGUCGCUAAACAGCUACUUGCUGAGAUGCUUGACCAAAAUCUGCCACCUGAUGCAUUUGUUUAUUGCACACUCGUAGAUGGGUUCAUCAGAAAUGGUGACCUUAACGAGGCUAAAAGGCUCUUCGAGCUCGCAAUUGAAAACGGUGUCAAUCCUGGUGUUGUGGGAUUCAACGCUAUGAUUAAGGGCUAUAGCAAAUUCGGAAUGAUGAAUGAUGCAGUGUCAUGCAUCAAUAGAAUGAUGCGAAGGUGUAUUUCUCUUGAUGAAUAUACUUAUUCUAUUAUGGUCGAUGGCUAUGUGAAGCAGCAUGACUUGAAUGGUGCACUAAGGAUGUUUACCCAAAUGGUUAAGCGAAAAUGUAAGCCAAAUGUUGUUACAUAUACCUCUCUCAUUAACGGGUUCUGUCUCAAAGGAGAUUUCCAUGGAGCUGAAAAUAUUUACAGUGAGAUGAAAUCUUGUGGUUUGGCGCCAAAUGUUGUCACGUACAGUGUACUAAUAGGAAGCUUUUGUAAGGAUGGUAAACUUGUAAAAGCGGUAUCAUUCUUCGAACAUAUGCUGAGGAGCAAGUGUAUUCCCAAUGAUGUUACAUUCCAUUAUCUGGUAACUGGGAUCUCUCAUAAUGUUCGUUUUAUCAAUGAGAAGAAGGGAAAUGAGGUUUGUGAAUGUGAGAUGUCUGUAUUUUUUGCCAUUUUUGGAAUGAUGAUAUCGGAUGGAUGGGAUCCAAGGAUUGCUGCAUAUAGUUCUAUCCUUGUUUGCCUUUGCCUCUAUGGAAUGCUCAAAACUGCUUUGCAGUUGGGUGAAAAGAUGGUUACUAAAGCCUUGAAUUCAUAUUCUGUUACUUUUGCUGCUCUGUUGCAUGGGAUUUGCAUGGAAGGACGAUCCAGGGAAUGGAAGAGCAUAAUAUCCUGCAAUUUAAAUCAGCUGGAGCUCCAGGUUGCUCUAAAAUACUCACUGCUAAUAGAUCAGUACCUACCUAAGGAAGUGACGUCAGAGGGUUCGCACAUUCUGCAGACCUUGGUUGAAGAUUACAAGUCUCAUGACAAAGAAAUAAGCAAUCUUAAGGUUUCAGUAAGAUAGGGUAAACCCGGAAAAUGCUAUACUACAAGACCUGACCUACCUUCUUCUAUGGACCAGUUCUAUGGACCAGUGAAUGUUGUCAUUUCCUCAAGUAAUAGUCAGCACGCAGGUUUUUUUAACCACAUGUGCCAUUGUAGUUUUGUUGUUUGAAGUUCGAACCACUUUUUUUUUUUUUGCUCGGCAAACGAAACUUUUAUAACACACUCGAAGGGAUACAUCGAGGGGGCUCAACCACAGUAAGUGCACAAAACUUAUGCGGCCAAGCAAAGGACAGAACAUGAGAAAAUACACCUUACAACGCCUUCCAACAGAACAUUGGAAGAAAACACACCUUACCUAAAAUCGAGUUCGAACCACUUUUUCCCCCCAUUCAUGCUGUCUUAAUGGCUAUUUGGGAAUUGUUAAGAUCGAUGUUAUAAUAAAAUGGUUUCCUGAAAUCCCACGAAAUGCCAUAUCUGAUUGGAGGAGGGCCCAUUGAGCAAAUGAUAAGAUCAAGUUUUAGUAUGAUCUCGAAGGACUAUAGUUUUUACCUUAAGCUUUGGGGGAUGACGUAUUAAUGACUGGGUUAGUGGGUAAUCUAAAGAUCUUAGAGCAUCUUUUAAGGAAAACCGAGUCUGUCUCAUCUUUCUCCAUACUGCCAUAAUUGUGUUGCAUGCCAACGUAGGCAUACGGACUUUUAAGAAGUAUUAUAAGCUUUAUAAUGCUAGCUGAAUUCUUAAAAAAACCAUGCAAACAAAUCUCGAGCGAAGACAGGUAUUUGAGUGUUCAAUACUCUUGUUUUGCAGUCUCAAACGUAGACUUUCUUCUUCAUUUGUUUGUCUACUUCGUAUCUAUCUUCAGAUACGGAGUAAUACAGUUCUUCCUUUUUUUUGGUAAGUUACUAUAGUUACUUCUGUUUGCUUUAUGAUAUGUAUUCUUUGGAUAAAUGAGAACCACUUUUCAUCCCAAGGGGACAUUUUGCUCUUGCACAUGGGUAAAGAUCCUAUACGUGCUGGGGAAAUUGUUGUGUUUAAUGUUGAAGGUCGUGAUAUACCAAUUGUCCAUCGUGUCAUUAAGGUAAUAAUAGGUGGCCGAAUGUUUCCCUCCCAAAUGUUGCAUCAUGCUACUGGCAUGAAAUACUUUUUAUGCAUAAAUCUGAUGUAAAGAAGGUUGCAUGGAGGUGCACGAGUAUGGAACUCUGGUACUUGUUGAUUGAAUCUAUGACCUGAGCUGUUAAACACUCCUCUCAUUGUGUGAAAAGUUCACGAGCGGAAAGAUAAUGGAGAAGUUGAUGUCCUCACGAAAGUGUUGCAUUAAAAGCGUUCCGGCUUAUUGAAAGACACGGAGAGAAGCAGGCAAGAAACUGCUAAGGAGAUCUGGAAGAGCUUCUGAUGAUAUAUCAAGUGUUGUACUUGUUGAAAAGGAAAGAUCAUAUAUCAAGUCAGAGGCGGUAAUGAAGAUCAUGGAGUCCAUCAAUUUACCCUUUCCUCAGCUGGCACUUUUUCUGCAGUUUAUACCUCUUUUCAUACGCGACUUUGUAUACGACAAUGUUGCAAACAAUCGUUAUGCAUUCUUUGGUCGCUCGGAGUCAUGUGAAAUAUAGCAAGUCAUUUUGGUGUUGUGGUUGUUUGACAUUGAUAGUUUGGAGUUUUGAAAUUCAGGAGUACUGAUGUUGUAACAUAAUCCAAUGGAAAACAUUCAGCAUUAUGAUGCUUCUUACUUAAUGUCAUCCAUACACAGAUGUUAUGAAGAUG